AUGGAUUCUGCCUAUAAGCUUGUCGUUCCAGAGCAGUACGACCGACUCAUUUCUGCCGAGCUCCCAGACAAGCAAAAGUAUCCUGAACUCCACGCCUUGGUGGUGAAACAUAUGAUGCAUGGACCAUGCGGUGCUCUCAACCCCAAAAAUGUUUGCAUGCAACAGAACGAGUGCAAGUGCAGAUACCCGCGGUCGUUCAAUGAAAACACGGCACAGGGCAAGGACUCAUACCCUGUUUAUCGUCGUCGAGAUAAUGGUCGGCAGGCUAAGGUCUGGGGUAAAAUGUUGGACAACAGAUGGGUUGUGCCGUAUAACCCUUACCUGCUGCAGAUGUUCAAUUGCCACAUAAACGUUGAGGUUUGCUCCAGCAUAAAGGCCGUCAAAUACCUUUACAAGUACAUAUACAAGGGCCAUGAUAGGGCUUCUUUCAGCAUCGACCAGCCUGACGCUGAUGGUAACAUUGAUGAGAUCAAAAGAUACAUAGACGCGAGGUGGGUUACUCCUCCAGAGGCGAUGUGGAGGAUAUUUGGCUUCCCCUUGUGUGCCAAUGACCCGUCUGUCCUACAGUUGCCUCUUCAUCUCCCGAAUAUGCACAGGGUGGCAUUCAAUGAGCAAGCUGACUUGACCGACGUAGUCGCCUCUGAGAAAGCUUCCAAAUCCAUGUUGACAGAGUAUUUCAAAGCUAACCAAAACCACCCGUGGGCUAGGAAUAUAUUGUACAAGGAUUUUCCUGGAAGGUUUACAUGGCAGAAGGGUAAGAAGUAUUGGAAAGAGUGGGUGGAGCGUUAUCAGAUAGGUCGAAUUGUGUCUGCCAAUCCUGCCGAGGGGGAGCGAUACUAUCUGCGUGUGCUGCUAAACCAUGUUGCUGGCAAGACAUCCUAUGAGGACCUGCUCACCAUGGACGGUAGGCUAUGCGGGAGCUUUAGAGAGGCUGCUGAAAGGUUGGGACUCAUCGAGGCAGAUAACACGCUCGACGACUGUCUUACUGAGGCAGAGCAGUGGGCGAUGCCAUGUUCGCUCAGGAGGCUCUUCGCAACAAUUUUGGUGCACUAUGAGCCAGGCGACGUGCGUGGUUUAUGGGAUAGGCACUUCGAGCCUAUGUCUGAUGACUAUCGGCGAUCACACACGUGCCCGAUUGAGGUGGAACAGAUGGUGUUGCUUGACAUUAGGGGUAUGUUGCAGUCCAUGGGCAAAGACAUAGCUGCCCACUCGAGGUUCAAGAUCCCAUUGAGCUGCGACGAUGGCGCCUCAUGCACCUUCACGAAAUAG